CUGCUGGGCAACGACGCGCAGCGCUUCGCUUCGCACAGUCGGCUCCACUGCUUUCGCCCCGCAUAAGGUGACGACGCCACACGAUGUCCCUGGACUGGUGCACUACGGGCGCCCUGGUGGUUCUGGCGGCGUGGCUGCUGUGGAAGUACCUGUCGUGGAACUACAGCCACUGGCAGACUCUGGGAGUCCCCUGCCCGGUGCCUUCCGUGCCGUUUGGGAACAUGAAAGACGCCAUACUAGGCAAGAAACAUGUUUCAGAGGCCGUCAGAGACAUCUAUUGCCAGAUGGAAGGAGAGCCGUUCUGCGGCUUCUACCGCUUCCGGGAGCCGAUGCUGCUGGUGAGGGAUGCCGACCUGGUGAGGACGAUGCUGGUCAGGGACUUCCCCUCCUUCCAUGACAACAACGUGCAGACCAACGAAGACGUCGACCCCAUAUUCGCCAGGAACCCGUUCGUGCUUAAGGGCGAGAAAUGGAGAAAACUGAGGUCACAGUUAAGCCCGUCCUUCGCAGCGAGCCGCCUGAAGCCGAUGUUCCUCUUGAUGAAGGAAGUGUGUGACGAGUUGGUGCGGACCCUGCAGAAAGAGGGCUCCAGUGCUGGAAAAGAUGGUAUGGAGGCAAGAGAAGUGUGCUUGCGAUAUAUGACGGACGUCGUGGCCUCCUGUGCGCUGGGAAUCAAAGGAGACGCCCUGGAGGACCCGAAGGCGCAAAUGCUGCAGCUGUUCCGCAAGCUUUUCCAGCCGGGCUUCGUGACCUUCCUCAAGUUCUUGUUCAUCACAACAUUCCCGUCCUUGGCCAUUAUGCUACGCCUCAGGCUGAUGCCCGAGGACCUCGAAAGGUUCCUGCAAACGGUGGUGACCCAGACGGUGGCCCGCCGCCAGCACGAGGGAGUCUACCGCAACGACUACCUGCAGAUGCUGGUGGAGCUCAAGACCAAGGAGUACCUGGACGGCGCGGGGCAGGUGCUCGCCGACAGGAGCUUCUUCACGGACGUGGACAUAACGGCGCAGGUGAUGACGUUCAUGACUGACGGCAUCCACACGAGCGCCACGGCGAUGUCGUUCACGCUGUACCAGCUGGCGCUCAACCCGGACAUCCAGCAGCGGCUGCGCCAGGAGCUGCGCGAGGCGGUGGACAGACACGGCGGCCAGCUGGGAUACGACGCCAUCAACGACUGCACCUACCUCGACAUGGUGGUCUCAGAGACGCUGCGGGUGCACCCUCCGGGCGGUACGCUGGAGAAGACGUGCACGGCCGCCUACCCGCUGACGACCGCCUCCGGCCGCCCCUUCACGCUGCAGACCGGCUCCCUGCUGGUCGUCUCCACCCUCGGCCUCCACCUGGACCCGCGCUACUUCCCACACCCGGAGCGCUUCGACCCCGAGCGCUUCAGUCCGGACAACAAGGACCGCACCGCGCUCAAGGCUUACAUGCCGUUCGGUCUUGGGCCGCGGUCCUGCAUAGGUCAGAGAUUCGCGCUGUCUCAGGUGAAAAUGGGUGUCGCCGCUGUUGUUUUGAACCUCGAUGUCUCGCGAACUCCGCGCACGUCCGACCCCAUCGAGAUGGACCCGAAGUUCAUACUCAACAAUUCCAAGGACGGACUCUGGCUCUCCUUCAAGCCCCUCGCCUGAUACAGGACAAAAAACUGAAGGAAGAAAAGUAAAAGAAAGGUCAUUUUAGAUACCUAAGUGCUGGCUAGGCUUGCGAUGAAAGGCACUACCGAAUCUGUUGCGGUUAAAGUUCCAAUAGUACUUUAUUGUAUACAAGCAUGUUGUAGCAAUUGCUCAAAUUUUAUAAAUUAAAAGCAAGAUCAUCCCUGCAGACACGUAAAAUAUUUCUAAGUCUCUGCAGUUUUAUUUUUUUCAUUCGAAAGUGGGUGAAAUCAUUAAUUGUUUACUACAGAGCACUAGACAAGUUUGACACUAGAGCUGAAGGCAUUGCAACACCCAAAAAAAAAACACACAAACUGAAUCUUCCCAGAUAUGGAACUGUAGGUCAAACGUGUAUAACAAUUCCAACCACAAAGAUGACUCAGUGCUAGUUGAGAGGUGCAUAAUAAGCUGUUCUCGGUCAGAAACUUCUGUGAGGGAAUAAUGGGUGAAAUGAUAUACUGAGGUACCGGUACCGAAGGCAUAUGUGAGUGAACGCGAAAAAUUAGGCAUGUACCUCAAACAGUGGUACGUGAACCUUAUAUUGUGCUGCGCCGUAGAAAUGUAGGUUAAUUAUUUUUCAACAGGAUAAUAGUGAUAUCCAUACUGCUACAGAGACUGUAAUGUGGUUGAUGUACAACAAUGUAAAACAGCCAAAGAAAACCCACUAUCAUAAUUUACAUUUCUUGGAAAUAUGUGGAAUGUCUUGAAUCUUGCACUGAAAGAAAUCAAAUUAAAUAAAAAGCACUCUUGUGAAACCCCUUCGAGACGCCUAGGGAGAAUCCCAGUGGAGACAUCAAAGUGAUAGAAUCAAUAAACGCUUCCAAAGAGUAGCCCUCUUACGGCGAAGAAACAAGAUAAACUAUUUAUGUACGAUUAUGCUUUGUGUGGCACAACGUGUCUUUGUUUUUUAAGUUCUUUGUGGCUACUUUUUUAAAUAAAGUUCACAAUUUCGAA